UAUUAUAGGUUAUAAAUCGUAUCAAUCGAAAUUUAAGUAGAAUACUGCUUAAUCAUAGUAAAAUGGUUGUUUUAACCAUGGAUCCUGUCAAAAGAGCGCAAGUUCUUGAUUUAAUGAAAGAAAAAGAAAGAAUCGAGGAAGAAAUAAACCAAUGUGGAACUGUUUUGCGAAAUAAUAGAAUUAACAUGACUGAUCCUUUAGUGGACAACAAUGAUUGUCCCAGAAAUGAUAUUGAUGUUUACCAAGUUCGUCAUGCUAGACAUAGAAUCAUAUGUUUACAAAAUGACUUGAAAAAUAUUAUGAAGGCAAUAGAAAAUGGUUUACAUGAAAUCCACGAACCUUUACUUAGUGCUGGUGCAUCUUCUUCUGAUUCAGCAACCAGUCUCAAUAUUCAAAAGGGUGCAGAUUUGAUUAAAGAACUACACUACACAGAAAAG